AUGCUCGUUUUCGUGAAGAACUCGGAUGGCAUCCUCCGUGCGUUGGCAAUCGAGAGUGGGAGCGUCUUGAGCGAAGGCAUGACUGACAGCCAUGAUGUCUCUGCAGACGCUGCUCGGAUGCGUGAACUGCUUGGUGGACUUACGAGAGAGAAGAUCAUGAGCGCAUGGAAGCAGAUUGCUUCGAGUUGCCCAGGAGUGAAAAGUGCCCCACCACCAUCCGUCGAGAUGGACAAGAGUACGCUUGUCACACACUUCAUGACCUUCUUUGAACGAGCACGACACGGAAAGAGUGCAAGAGCUACUCAGAGCCCAUCUCCAGCGAGAAUGACGGUGCCUGUGGCGCCUCUAUCACCCGAAGACUUUCUGGAGGACUCCCGCGAUGAUCUUGACAUCGAGCUUCGCUUCUUUGACGAUGGUAGACAGUACGAUAUCAAUGCCAUGCUCACGAUGCGGAAGGGAGAGCUAGAGACCAUGACGGCCAAGCUUCAAAAAUCCCCCUCCGAUGCCGUGUGCGAUUGUGUCUUCAAAGGUAAAAAGGUCAGUGCCGGCUCUUGGAUGGAAUCUUUACAGAAUAUGACACUGGAGGAACUGGAGAUGCUCCGCAGCAGCAUGACAAAGGAAGCAGCGCAGAAGCCCGUUUCGAGGGUUGGUAGUUGCCUGCCUGCUCUGCGGCGGCUAAGGGCGCUCCACUCCAAGGUCGAAGCAACCUUGUUGUUUGUGGAGGAUAUGUUGUGUGAAGAUUUCAACUUAACCUUCCAUGGUAGCCUCAUCCAGCUACGCGAUGCGGUUUCCGAGAAGAUUGGACAGCUGAAAGCAGCUGACUUCAUAGCAACUGUUCCUAGCCCUCCUGGGACUUCCAGUUCCCCCUUUCGCAUGGUCAAUGCUGUCUUCGUCCAGCAGACCAUGAAAAUCGCAAGUUCGGAUGAGGAGCUGGCUUUCAAGCAGAAGGAGAGAGAGCUCGCCUCCUAUACUCGCAAGGUCAAAAAGCUCUUUCAGACCAUGGAUCAAAGUGGCGAUGGAGCGAUUAAUUUCGAUGAAUUCUCGAAGCUGGUGAAGUCGCCCAUGCUGCAGUUUUUGCUGAGCCAACUGGAUUUGGAGUACCAUGAUUUGUUGAGCCUCUUCGAAUUCCUGGACAAUGGAGAUGGGCAAAUCACGCUUACCGAGUUCAUCGAUGGCGCCGCAAAGCUCCGUGGGACGGCAAAGGCAUUGGACAUAUGGCGAAUGGAGACGAAGCUGGAGGUGCUGUUUGGCGAAGUGUUGGCUGCCAUCCGAGGACACUCUGACGUCCGGGAUGUCUUUGACAAGCUUCAGCUGAAAAACAUAACCUUCAGCACGAACUCGCGCACGUUGGGUGCCAACUGA